AUGAAGGUUACUCACCUGCCGGAGUCACCACCUAUCUCACCUCCCAAUGGCAUCCAGGGACAGAAUGGCUUCUCUACGCCCCUGUUUCCAGCCAAGCCAAACAUUCUCUACAUCAUGGCAGAUCAGUUGGCCGCUCCUCUGCUGAAGAUGUACAAUCCAAAGAGUCAAAUUAAGACACCGCACCUCGACAAACUUGCUGAGAAGGCAGUCGUAUUUGACUCAGCGUACUGCCCAUCACCACUAUGCGCUCCUUCUCGUAUGGCCUUGAUAUCUGGUCAGCACGUCUCAAAGAUCGGGGCUUACGACAAUGCUUGCUCAAUUAGCUCCGAUGUUCCUACCUACGCACAUUACCUUCGAGCCGAUGGUUACGAGACUAUUCUAGCAGGAAAGAUGCACUUCAUCGGGGACCAGCUGCAUGGUUAUGAGAACAGGUUGACUGCGGACAUCUAUCCAGGAGAUUAUGGCUGGGCGGUGAACUGGGAUGAGCCAGAUAGAAGGUUGGAAUGGUACCACAACAGCAGUUCCAUCUUGCAAGCUGGUCCAUGUGUGAGGACAAACCAGCUGGACUACGACGAAGAAGUCCUACACAAGUCUAAACAAUGGCUGUACGAUUAUGCAAGAGGACCAGAAGACAAGAGACCAUUCUGCUUGACAGUCUCUUUCACUCAUCCACACGAUCCAUACGUGAUCGAAGACAAGUACUGGGAUAUGUACGAGGAUGUGGACGUCGAGCUGCCAGCCGUCAACAUCAGGCCAGAAGACCAAGAUCCACACAGCAAGCGACUGCGAUAUGUGGCUGAGCUCGAAGGUCACGAGUUCACUGACGAGCAAAUCAAGAGAGCUAGACGUGCAUACUAUGGAGCAGUGAGCUACAUCGAUGACAACGUGGGAGAAUUGCUGUCCGUGCUCAAGAAAUGUGGUCUGGACGACAACACCAUUGUUGUCUUCUCCGGAGACCAUGGAGACAUGGUGGGCGAGAGAGGCUUGUGGUACAAGAUGUCCUACUUUGAGAACUCGGUCCGCGUGCCACUGCUCAUUAGUGCUCCUAGACAAUUCCAUCCACAUCACGUUUCUGAAAACGUUAGCACGGUCGAUCUGUUGCCAACUUUCGUUGACCUGAUUGGUAGCAGUCUGAUCCCUGGUCUGCCCAUGGACGGUCUUUCCCUCAUGCCUCACCUUUAUGGUACUACUGGUCAUGACACUGCAAUCGCCGAGUACAUGGGUGAAGGCACCGUUGCCCCUCUCAUGAUGAUUCGACGAGGACCCUGGAAGUAUAUUACCUGUCCGGCUGAUCCUCCUCAACUCUUCAACCUGAAGCAAGAUCCACUUGAGCUUACCAAUCUUGCCACAAGUCUCGAUCCUCAGGUGAAAGAAGUCUUUGACGCAUUUGAGAAAGAGGCUGCAGCUAGAUGGGACUUCAAGAAGAUCACUCAGGACGUACUUCUCUGCCAGCGCAAGCGCAAGUUUGUGUGGUCAGCCCUCACCCAAGGCCGUUUCGAAAGCUGGGAUUGGCGAGGCAGUGAGCUCGACGAUGGACGCAACAAGUACAUCCGAAGCACUAUGCCUCUUGACGACCUGGAACGUAAGGCUCGGUUCCCAAUACAUGCCGACGCCGUCAUGCCUCCUAAAGUGGCCAUGGACCACAUGAAAGCCGUCAGCAACCUACGAAGUGGUGGAGGUGCGAAGAUGAUGCAAGCAGUAGUACCACCACCUGGCGCUGUUGCUCACUUCCGCUAA